AUGGCCCUGGUGGCCCCCCGGCUGACGGUUGCGGCGAAGCUGCCAAGGUCACCAAAUGAAAGCUGCCAGCCAACCGCGGGGGUCUCACUGCUGAAUGUGGACGGGGCGGCCCUGGAGGAACCAGAGCGCCGCCACAUGCUGAUCAAAGACAGCAAAGACAGGUCACCGCGCCGCCGCCACCGCCGCAUGCCCACCCCGCCCUCCGACCGCAGACGCCUCGGCCGACUCCCCCCCAAAGAUGUCUUCAAUGACAUGAUGUUUGUGGUUGGGGGAUGGACCCGGGAUGACCCGUCCUGUUUGGUAGAACAGUUCUGUCCUGACUAUAAUGAGUGGAGAACAUCUGCUCGCAUGGUCAAUAAGCGAGGCAACGUGUCCGUGGGCACCCUGGAUGGUUUCAUCUACACCGUGGGUGGUGAAGACAACAUCCGAUGCUACAGCAGCGUGGAGAGGUACAACCCAGACACAGACAGCUGGAGCACAGAUGUAGCACCCUUGAGCAGCCCCCGCAGCGGAGUGUGUCUGGUGGCCAUGGAUCAAUACCUGUACGCUAUUGGAGGACACGACGGCAUCACCGCCAUAAAUACAGUGGAGAGGUAUGAUCCAAAAAUGAACACCUGGACCAAGCAGGCGGCGAUGCUGACCAGAAGAACCAAAGCGGUGGCUGCUGUGCUGGACGGUUACUUGUACGUGAUUGGAGGGAAUGAUGGAGAUACGGUUCUGAAUUCAGUGGAGCGGUACAACCCUGUAGACGGUACCUGGUCGAUAUGCGCCCACAUGCUGAGUCCCAGGGAGAACGCCGGCUGCACUGUGUACCUGGGACACAUCUACGUGGCCGGGGGCAAAGACGAGCUCAACCUGGAGCUCUGCGGCGCCGAGAGGUUCGACCCCGAGACCAUGAGGUGGACGCCGGUGAAACGCAUGAGGAGCAAGAGGGACAAUAUGUCCCUUGUAGUCUUCAACGGAGCGUUGCUGGCUGUGGGAGGAUCUGAUGGCACCACCAAUCUGAAAACAAUAGAAGCCUACAGCCAUGAAACCAACACGUGGAGACACUUUGGAAGCAUGAAGAGUAAGCAUCCAGGAGGGAGAGUGGCUGUGCUGUGCUGAGACUCAACAAUGUUCGUAUUAUAUGAACAGGACAGAAGUGUUGGAGAGAAAUAGCCUAAUGGAUGUAGGCUUCACGACACAUUGUGAUAUAGUUCAAGGCAAGGCAGCGUAAUGACUGAAUAAUUGAAGAGUUCACUCCAAAAUGAGACACGGCUGCAUUAGUUAAUGCCGACAACUGCUAUUGCAAAAUGACUGCAAAGCAUCAAAUUAAAGCACAUUAUAGGCUACCAGGUUACCAUUAAAGUAAUGGGUCUUUUUAUGAGUCUAGCUUACAAAGCUGUCGAAUUGAAUGGAGAUGAAUCAGCAGGAAGUAGAUCUCAGGAUGCAUUUAUAGCCAAUUUUGGAUCGACAGACUUCAAGAUACACACUGAAUGUGAUUAGGACAUAGAAUUAGAGAAUCACAAUGUCAGACAAGACAAAUUGAGCUAGUGUUUUAUGGGUUUUAUUUGUAGAUAUUACGAUUUAAUUCAUGACUGUGCUGUUUAAGUAUUCAUGUGGAGUAACAGGUCUGAGCCAAAAGGACUAAAGGAAGAUUGAUAUGGUUAAAAUGCAGGUAUUUGGUUAAAGAAAGUUCUGGAUUUGGAUGUAAAAUAUGCUCACGUUGUUGACGAGUUCUGGAUUAUGAAUGAGGCUUUCGAAGGUGACAGUUGAAGGAGCAAAAAGUGCCCUGAAUGUUUUAAAAAGUAACCUGCCUCCUGUCUGAAUUUCAUCUGUCAGUGUCUUUAAAAUGCUAAUCAUAUUUUGUGACUGGAUCAGCCUCGUGUGAAUAUUUGUGCUGUUAUCAUACUGUAAAUGACACACAGCCACAGAAACAACAAACUAUUCCAUCAUAUUUCAUCACUGGGCUUGUGUAAGCAUCCACCCGACAGGCAGGGCAUAAAACGCGCAACGGGCUGCGAAGGGAACAAAAUCAGAUUGAUUAAGUUGAGGAUAAAAAAAAAAAAAAAAAAGAAAUCUGUGGGAAUCGAGAUCCUCGGCGAGAUAAGCGAGUGAGUGAGAUCUGACUGCUGGCAUGGGAAAGCAUAAUUGGCUGUGUGGGCUUUAAAAUGAUGACGCUCAGAGCUCUUUCCCCUGGAGAAUAAUGGGCUGAAAUGUGGAGAGGCUGAGCACAAGGAACGCACACAGAGCAACACGGCUUUUCCAGAGACAACCACGAGCCAGCGGUGUCUCCCACUCGUGCCACUGUGCAUACAGAAUGAAUAUUUUUUUCAACUUGAGGGGGACAGUUGUGAGGCAAAUAGCAGAGGACAGAGCUGUUGCAGGUAUGUUUUAUAAAGAAAAACAACGAUAUUUAUGUAGUUUAUGUGUUGUGAGUAGAAGUUGCCAAGACUUUGCAUGUGCUGUGUGCUCCAUGAUUGAUGUUGGAUAUUGGGAAGUUAUGAGAAAAUGAAUAAAUAUCAUAUAUAUUUUGUGGA